AGUUGCACUCAUCACUUUCUCUGAGCUUCCAGGCGCGUCAGGGUUUCGGGUUACCUGGCGGUGAACACCUGACUGCCACGGCGGCAGCCCGGCCGGCACGGUUGUUGUUCCGCGGGCCUACAAACGUCUCAGGGCUCUCAACGUUAUCGGGGAUGAUGUUUUUCUGUUUGCACUGUGACAGAUACCCUUUCCAUCUGAUGAAUCGAUGAUGCGUAAACCAGGAGAUGUGUGCAGAGGAGUGUGUAUCCUAGCAACAAGAUGUUGGGUUCUGCUGGCGCGCGGGCGAUCAGACCUGGUCCCGUGUUUUUCUUUGACCAGCCAACAAGGCGAAAUCGGAUUGAAGGCAACAUUUUAAAUUUCAUGAUAAGAAGUGCGGGACCACAGCCGGAAGACGCACCGCUAAGGUGUCAGCAAGAGGGGGACCCAAAAGGUGAAAGUAACAAUUUAAGCAGCCAGAACCCCUCAGGUAAAGCCUGUGAGGAUGAAGAACGUGAUCCUUCAUCAUCAUCUGUCAGCGCCGCGCCAAGGGAUCCGAUGGACGCCUACAGGCGAGCAGCCCCUCAUUUAUUAAACGACUUGGCUCGUCUCCUUUCACAGCAUAAGUGGUCGGAGGAAGGCCGCAUCCCCCGCGGCGUUGUCAAUAUCCUGAAUUACUCCUGGCACGAUCUGACUGCAGGGGCGGCGUUCCGCUUGAGGAGGCCAGCGGCGAUGACAGAGAACCGGAGGAGGGCCAAAGAAUCCCCGAAGGCGCAGAAAACACCCCCGGGGGUGUCUGACGGCGCCGGGGAGGAAACAGGAGAGAGGAACUCUGGCGCGGCGAGAAAUGCUGGUUCAUUUCUCACAAAAGAUACAGCAAAUCAGAGUGAAAGAAAGGAAAAACGAAGCUCAAAAGGAGCCAUCAGGAUCUCCGUCUCAGUCUGGAGCUGUGAGGACGCAGGUGGGGUCGCUCAGCCAGAGCAGCACUGCUGUGACGAGCCUGAGAGCGCGAGAGUGAGCCGGUGGGUGGUGGAGAGACUGAGGGCGGCCCAGAACCCAGAGUGGGUUUUUACUCUCUUCUUCUGCAGCUUCAAUAACUGUGUGGCCAGAGAGGGGCUACUGUACUUUAUCUUACAAACAGAAGCUAAAGGGAAUAGCUGUACUUUGUCACUUUACAUUUAGGGUUUUAUGUGAAAGACCAACGUAAAGUGCUGCAGAAUUUUAAAAUUGUGCAGCACUUGGGUAUGAAUAUUUUUACCAAGGCACUGUAGCUAAAACAUGAUUACGGCCCUAAUGUGUAGACAUCUGCCUCCACCUGAGCAAGAUCCGAGUACAGCUCCUAUUCUCCGUCAUUAUGGUGAUGGAGGAGGUGAGCUCACUAAUGACAGAAGAAGAAGGACGGCGGUUGCCCCUCUGGUUGACGUUUUGCCCCAGACACCAGAAGUGAAGCUGCAGAGUCCGGUCCAGAGGAAGCUGCACUACCGGAUAAACGAUGGCUCCUCGUUUAUUUACUACCCGUCCGGCUGCAUGGCGGUGUGCCAGAGUCGCUCCGGUCUGCCUCACGGAGGUUUCUACACCAACGUGUUCAGCGACGGCCAGCGUCCUGCCGUUCUUCUGACCAUCACGGCGUUUGGACACGGCGCAGUCACAGACACUGUCAGCUCCACCGUCUCGGCCGUGUGGGAUCAGGACGGAGGAUUCAGGUUCGACAAUUACGGAAACACAACGGAGGAGUGGAGCUGGCCAACAUAUCGCCCACUGAGGAGAAAUAUUACGAUGCAGGUCUCAGAGGAGAUCUCAGUGAAGCUGCUCAGUGGGAAGUCUGGCCUGCUCAGCUUCAGAUGCGAAGAGGAGAGCGUUCGCCUUCCUCUUCGUUUUGCCACUAAUGAAAGCCAGAUGAAGAAAGUGCCUUGUUUGCAGACGGAGAACAAAUUCAGCUCAGGUGCUGCUCAGGAUCUUCGUCUGCCAAAGAAGCAAAAAAGUCCCGCUGGCGUCUCAGAGAACAAAAUGAGCCUGAGGAGAACACCUGUGGUCAGAGAGGAGGAGCAGCAGGUGAAGCCGUCUGCUCUGUGGAGACGACGAAGAAACGCCAUGCGGGAGCUGCAGAGGCUUCAGCAGAGAGUACGGGAUGCUGCGGAGGGCUGGCUGGAUUACUAUCGCGUUGCUGUCGGUAUCAAGUGUCCCGACGCGGAGCGACUGCCAGGGGCCCCGCCGCGGGCCCGGCCGAGACGAGCGCCGCAGUCCGCUGCUCUACCCUCCCCGAAUUCACCUGAACGCGCAGCGGCUGCGCUGCGGCAUGCCGGGAGAGGCAGGAGGGAUGAGCUCGGAGAGAGUCACGGAGGACGCCACUCGGCAUCAGCAGAGGAACGUCAGGACCGCCUUGUCCAGAUGCAGAGGAGACCUAUGGAAAGCAGAAAGGAGACUCCAGUCACACAGAUUGGACCCCUUCGAAUCCAUGGCAACAUCGAACCAGGGCAAGACCCUCUUUACAUAAACUGUUAAAAAAAAGACAAUUAUUUUUCAUGUUUGGUGUUAAAUCAGACACAAGUUUCCUGUUUUAGGUCAGGUAGGAUUAACGGAAAUAUCUCCACAUGCUCCAUCUUAGAAGAAUCAGAGAGACAUUUCACUGAGAUAUGAGCUUGUUUUAGGUCAAUUGUUCUUUAAUACUGAUGAAAAAGUA